AUGGUAAUACACCACGGAUUCAGACCCUACAGGUGUCCGGCACCGAUCGGUUACUUCGCCGACCCGCAGGACUGCGGCAAGUUCUACCACUGCGUGCGCGACCGCCCGCACCACAUGACGUGUGCCGCAGGCACGGAGUUUGACGUCACGCUCAAGGUGUGCAAUUGGCCGGAGCUGGCCGGAUGCGUGCCUCGGCAGGCGAGCGACGAACCGGCGGAGUUGACCGACUUCACGUGUCCGGAGGCGAGCGGACGCUUCCGUGACCCGCUCGACUGCACCUCGUACUACGAAUGUGACCGGCAGGUGGCGCUGCGGAUGCCGUGCGAGCCAGGCACGCUGUUCGAUGAUAGCCUGGGGGAGUGUAACUGGGAAGAGGCCGUAUCCUGUAGCUCUAUGGCUGGCAGAGGCGCUGGAGAGGCUGCUGGCUUCUCCUUGCCCGCAGUCCGGCGGCUUCUUUUUCCGCGACGAGCAGACUGUAACAAGUUCUACCAGUGCGACGACGGCAGGGGGCGCCACAUGGAGUGCGCUACCGGAACAGAGUUCGACCCCGUGUUGAAGAUCUGCAAUUGGCCGGAGUGUGCGAGCACCGCGUGA